GGCCACUUCCGGUUUACCCGGAAGUUCGCGUCAUUCCCAAAGAUGGCGGAGCAAGGUCCGAUGGCCAUAGCGAUGCGGCUACGAAACCAGCUGCAGACCGUCUACAAGCUGGACCCGCUUCGGAACGAGGAGGAGGUGAAGUUAAAAAUCAAGGACCUGAACGAGCACAUCGUGUGUUAUCUUUGCGCCGGCUACUUCAUCGACGCCACCACCAUCACAGAGUGUCUGCACACAUUUUGUAAAAGCUGCAUCGUCAAGUACCUGCAGACCAGCAAGUACUGCCCCAUGUGCAACAUCAAAAUCCACGAAACGCAGCCUCUGCUCAACCUCAAGCUGGACCGCGUCAUGCAGGACAUCGUCUACAAGCUGGUGCCCGGCCUGCAAGAAAGCGAAGACAAAAGAAUCAAAGAGUUCUAUCAGUCGCGAGGGUUGGAAAGAGUUCUUCAGCCUGCAGGGGACGACUGCGUAUCGGACCCGUCCUCUUUACCAUACACCAGCUUCGACCACGCCAAGGCACAUUUUUACAGAUAUGACGAACAGGUGUCGCUCUGUUUAGAAAGACUAAGUUCAUCACUGGCUGGAAAAGACAAAAGCAAACUUGCCCUGCAGCAGAAGUUUGUGCGUUGUUCUGUGCGAGCGGAGGUUCGACAUUUACGAAAAGUACUUUGCCACCGACUCAACGUGGAAAAACAUCAGGUCCAGAUGUUGUUCAACAACGAGUCUUUGCCUGAUCACAUGACCAUGAAACGGUUAUGGCUGUCACACUGGUUUGGAAAGGCGCAGCCGUUAGUGCUUCACUACACCAUCAAGGACAAACGCAGCAGAUAGGACUGGUUUCCACAAACAGAUUUUCUACUAUACAUAUUUCUAUUUUAAUAGUCUUUGUGUACAGCAGCUUAUUUUGCCUCCUUUUUGUAUUUUUGGAAAAAUAAAUGGAAAAUGUCAAAAUGA